AUGGAUCCACGGGCUCACUGCGGCGUCCGUGGAUUACAGCAUCCGGCGGCUGCGACCGGCUGCCAGGGACAUAUAUAGUAAAAUCGUCGAGAAAGGAGGAAGCGUGGAGACAGACCAGGAGGAUCGGAUUGCAAGCAGCUUGAGAGACAACGGGGACGAGGAGACGAAGAGUGGAAGGCGAGCCAGGCAGGCUGGCGCAGCCAACGGCGGCGUGAAGCAAAGGAGCAGCGAGAGAUCGAGUCGGUAAAUUGAGCUGGAUGGUGGGCGAGUUGAAGAUCACAGUAAAGACGGAAACUGACGAGGCAAGCCAUGAAAUUCCAUAUUUGAAGCCGAGUUCGUCGGCUGCUGCAGGGCACUGCAAGGCUUUAUAACCGCUUUGUUCCGGCGGAUCAGUCACACAGUUCCGCGGUCCGGAGCAGUGGCAAGGAAAUCAGCAGCGUCUUGAAUCUGUAGCCUGGAAGGAAAGUCUGAUAGCGGGUUGUGUGGGGCCUCAAGGAAAGGGCUUGCCUGCCUGCCUGCCUGCCUGCCGGUUAUUAGCUGCCUCGCCGAGACAGGGGGAGCGGGAGACGGAGGGCUCCUUGAUCGAUCCAGUGCAGCUGCUUCCCCCAUUGAUUUGAGGUCGAGAACUUCUAGCUACAGCAAUGGCAGGAGGUGGAGUGGUGUCCGGGCCGUCGGGGAAGCACUAUGAGGGACAUGUCACGCUGUUCGUGGCCCUGGCCUGCAUCGUCGCAGCCAGUGGCGGUCUCAUUUUCGGUUACGAUAUUGGAAUUUCUGGAGGAGUCACUUCCAUGAAAAGUUUCCAGAGGAAAUUUUUCCCCAGACUUCUCAAUGCCCAUGACAGGAACACCUACUGUCGUUUCGACGAUCAGGUAGUCCAGAUUUUCACGUCCUCACUGUAUCUGGCUGGGUUGAUCUCCACUUUCUUCGCAAUGUGGACCACCAGCCACUGGGGAAGGAGGCCAUCCAUGUUGAUCGGAGGUAUUGCCUUCUUGGUCGGUUCAGUCCUCAACGCAGCCGCCGUCAACUUGGCUAUGCUCGUCAUCGGUCGUAUCGCGCUCGGUGUGGGUGUUGGUUUCGGAAAUCAGGCUGUCCCACUGUAUCUCUCAGAGAUGGCGCCCGCAAAGCUCAGGGGAGCUCUGAACAUCAUGUUCCAGUUGGCGACUACCAUCGGUAUCUUGGCUGCGAACUUGAUCAAUUAUGGAACUGAAAAGGUCGACUGGGGAUGGAGGCUGUCUCUUGGACUGGCUGCAGUGCCCGCAGGAAUUCUGACGUUGGGAGGUAUGUUUCUCCCCGAGACACCCAACAGUUUGAUCGAGCGCUCCAGGCACGACGAGGGGAAGCACAUGUUGGAGAAGAUCAGAGGAACGCCUAAUAUCGGCCCCGAGUUUGACGACAUCGUUGAAGCUUCCAACGCCGCCAAGGCCAUCCAGAACCCCCUGGGCAACUUGUUCAAGAGGCAAUACCGACCUCAGCUCACCAUCGCCAUUCUCGUCCCCUUCUUCCAACAGGUCACUGGUAUCAAUGCCAUCAUGUUUUACGCCCCAGUGCUGUUCCAGACCAUCGGGUUCGGGAGCGACGCCUCUUUGUACUCCGCUGUCAUCACCGGAGCAGUGAAUGUGGUAGCCACUCUCGUGUCCAUCGGAACCGUCGACAGAUGGGGUCGUAAGAUUUUGUUCUACGAAGGAGGAAUUCAGAUGUUCGUCUGCCAGAUUGCUAUCGCUGUCAUUUUGAAGUUCAAGCUCCCAUUGGCAAUUGGAAGCGAGUUGUCGAAGGGGUGGGCCGCCGUCGUGGUGGUUCUCAUCUGUGUGUACGUGGCUGCCUUCGCAUGGUCAUGGGGUCCUCUCGGAUGGUUGGUGCCAUCUGAGGUGUUUCCUUUGGAGAUUCGAUCUGCUGCCCAGUCUAUCACAGUGGGAACCAACUUCUUGUUCACAUUCGUUAUCGGUCAGGCUUUCUUGACCAUGCUCUGUCACUUCAGAUGGGGAAUUUUCCUCUUCUUCGGUGGAUGGGUGUUCAUUAUGACCCUCUUCGUCUUCUUCUUCUUGCCUGAGACUAAGAACGUUCCGAUUGAGGAGAUGGUGUACGUCUGGAAGGCUCACUGGUUCUGGAAGCGAUUCAUCGGUGAUGAAGUGUACUCUUCUUACCCCACCGACGUCGAGAAACACAACAAUGCCAAGCUGUAGAAUGACUGAGAUGCAGUGAAACGACAAAAGUUUUCAUUCUUCUUAUUCGCAGCGUAGAUUCAAUUGAACCUAACGGAUUGAUGUACAUAUACAACUUGAGCAGGCUUUUCCUUCUCCUUUUCACUCAUAUGGGGUAGUUUAAGUAGGUUAGGUCUGCCAAAUGGCAGUAUCUGGCUAGUUUAUAGUUAGGCGGUAGUCAGUCUGUUAGGAGGCAUGCUUCAGUUCGAGGUGUGCAGGAAUCCGGAUGGUUUAGUGUUCUCAUUUUUUUCAGCAACCGGAAAGAGUUGUUAAAUAAUGUGUUCCACACAACCUUCUGGCAAAGAUCUUUUCUUUGCAGUUUUUCUCAGUAAAGAUGAUUUUUCUCA